AUGAAAGGGGUUUUAAUUCCUGCUGAAAUUUCGAAACUUGAUCCUGAGUGCUCAGAACUCCUUUCAAGCCAAGAUGCUUACAAAAAUUCUAAAGGAAAUUUCGAUUUCUUUAAAUAUAUCAACGCAAUCUAUGCUACGAAAGAUACACUUUCUAAAGAAGAUCAGUAUUAUAUUGACCACUCCAAGAUCUGGACUGAAAUACCAGAAGAUUUUGAGCAAGCAGCUUUAUCUUAUGAUUUUUGCAAUAUUGAUACCAUAUAUAAAAAUAUUGUUUCAAGGUUCAAUCCAAAACAUCAAGGAAAAUCUUUUCAACAAUUUAUCGAUCUUUUCGAGUUAGCAGAAAUUAAAGGCAUUGUGCAGAGCGAUAAAGUUCAAGAAAAUUGCCCAUCAGAAUUCAAAAACGAAGAAGGCAAUUUAGAUUUGUAUGUAGCAAUGCAUGCAAUAGCUAAAGAUCAUAAUAGGUUUUUCGAUUAUUAUCAUGAGCUGAAGUGGGCUCUUCUCCAGUAUGAUGAUCUUCCUAAUAGCUGUUUAGAAGUAUAUAAAGAAAGAAAAUCUGCAAGUGAAUAUAUGACUUCUCUAUUGUGGACAAUUUAUGGGUGCUUCGGAUCGAGUACAAUAGUGAGCCUCUUAGCUCGUGAAGAAUAUCUUGCAGAGCUCCUUAAAAUUACUUUCCUGAGCAGCGCAGAAAGCAACUUUGCCCUUGGGUCUAGCAUCCUCAAAGCAAUUCUCCCAUCCCAGCACUCACCUCAAACACUAGGUGCAAUCUGGACUACGCUUCCUGACUCUGAAAGCACAAGCACCGACUUUUUCCAAUCUUUGCUUAAAAGAAUUGGAAAAAUGACUUACUGGUAUGGCUUCAGAGAUACAAAAAGCAAACUUUUCAGAUGUGGCUAUGAAGCAAUUGUGCUUUUGAAAGAAUUCAUGAACAUAGAAAGAUGGAGAGGCGAGAUACUCACCACAAUUAUGAAAUCAUUAAACGAUGCUUGCCAAAACUUAAAGGACGGAAAAGCACUUCCUAUGUAUCAAGUUGGAGCAAUCGAAACUUUAACAAUUUUAUCGAAGGAAAUUGAUAUUUUUGGAAACGAUCCAAUUGAGCUGGCUGAAGCUAAACUGAUUGAUUCUAGGAUGACAAGAUGUAUUAUAAGAGCAAUUGAUGGGGACACAGUAGCGAUUUAUUCUCCUGCCACUGAUGAGACGGUGUCAGUUAAUGCAGAGUCCAUUGCUUAUUUAAAGACGAUCAAUAACUUUAAUGCCAUGGAAAUGCUUUGCCAAGAUGAACUGCAGAACAUUAAAGACUCAGCUAUCAAUUUGUGGUUUGCUUUAAUAGACUCAGAAUUUUUGCGCUUCAAUAUUAAAUCUGAGAGAAUUGUUUCAUUCAGAACUCUUUAUGUUCACUUAGAAAACAUUAUUGUUAAUAUAAUUACACUUAUCUUAAAAAAUAAAGAUAUUAGUGACAAUGAAGGAGCAGACCUAUUAAGAUCCAUCAUGAAGCAUGCUAAAGCUGAAACUAAAGUCAUCGGAAAUAAAGAAAAGCAGUUACUUAUUAAACAAAUUGUAAAGACAAUCGCAGAAAAAUAUAUUUAUGACGACUUUACAGAUGAAGAAAUAAUGGAAAUGUUUUCGAAUGCUAGCGAUAAAACCAAACGCCUAAUUGAAGAAUUGACAAAAGAAAAUAUUCUGACAAUGAUCAUCGCUAAGUGUCUUGACAAAGGAAUCAAGGAUAAAAAUGGGAUUUUAGAAUUUGCUGGAAAAAUAGAAGAGCCAAAAUCAAGCCUACUAUUCAAGCUUCAGCCAAUUAAAUCUUGAAGCCUUGAAGCAUUCGAUAUCGCUGGAUACGCAGAUAUUUACCAAAAUUUAAAUGGCCAAUUCGUGAUAGAAAAUAACAAUUUCCCAACAGCAAGAAAAGAAAUAAGGACAGUUCCAGACUUAUCUGUAUUCAGAAAUACUACAAAAUUUGUAGAAUCUUUGACUAUUCUAGCGCAGUUAGAAGGCAUUCACUAUCAAAAUCAGUUGUCAUAUGGUCUCAAACUUGGAGAAGUGGAUAUAGGAAUUAGCACAAACUCUGGACUCCCAAGCUUUGAAGUCAAUGGUAGUGUUGUCUAUCCUGCCAGGCUUGAUGAAGUAUUGGCUGUUAGGAUUUAUUUAAAUCCAAAUGGAGAAAUUAAAAUAAUUAAUGAUAACACCGGAGAAACUACUGAUCUGCAGAAUAUAACUGCAUUUGACGGUCUUCAAAUGGGAGCUUAUGGACUUUAUAUGGAAGCUGGCACAAGAGCUUCAUUGUUAACUUUUGAAGUGUAUAACGAUAAAAACACCAAAUCUGCACCAGCUAAAGUUGAUAAACCUAAAGAUGCUGAGACAUAUAAAACAAUCAAAGUCAUUCAAAAAUCUGACAACUAUGAUCGGCUAAGACUAAAACUUUUAGGCUUGACUGAAGACCAAAUAACUCAAGCUCUAUCAUCAGACAGAGACUUAAGGUCUAGCUUAGACUACAUUUCUCAGAAUUUCCCGAACUCUUUCCAUAAUACCCUUAUCUCUCUAAAUCAAGAAGUCAUCACUGAGUUAAAACUGGUUAAAACAAUUCGUGAAGUCCCUAAUGGAUUUGCAGUAGUUCCGAUCUAUGAAGAUGGCAAGCAGAAAGAGUUCAAUAUUCCAAAUAGAAUGAUUUUAUGCGCUAAAAAAGAGCAGGUGACUACUGGAAAUGGGUACUCAAGCAUUGCUCUAGGCACAGAAGUUAAAUACUAUACAGAUUUAGGGAACUUUGAUCCUGAAGACCAAGCAAGUGACUCUUUAACUCAUAUCUGGGUAAAGCAAGUGGAAAUAAAAAAUUCAUGCAUAAAAGAUAUCAUUUUCAUCAAAUCUUCUUCAAUGUACAAUGUAAAAGUGCCAUUUGGCUAUAAGAUAAUUCAAGAUGGAGAUGGCAAUGCGAUAAAUCUUGGCCAUAACUUAUGAAAGAAAUCAGUUUUAUUUUUAGCUGUAAAGAUAAGUGAUACUGCUUUGAACUGCGCGCUUACACCAUUUAAGAAGAUGAAUUCAUCUAAAAUGCCACUAUGCGGAUUAUUAGAAACUGCAGAAAAUACCGAAAGAAAAUUUAAAGAAGCCUUUUCGAAGCUCUCUCUAUUCAAGAGCUCUUCAGCCACUUUUAUAAGCUUAUGGAAUCCUCAAAGCAAGCCUCAUACAAAAAACUUGCUCUAA